AUGGAAGCCAAGGCCCUCCUGUGUUGUGCUUUCUUCUUCCUCCGGCUGUGGACGCCGGCGGCGGCAAUCAGGUCGGGGUGGUCGCCGGAAGUGGUGGAGAAGAGAGCAACCCUCCAGAAUGGCCUAGGCCGGACACCGCAAAUGGGGUGGAAUAGUUGGAAUCACUUCGCCUGCAACAUAAACGAACAGACAAUCCGACAAGUUGCUGAUGCGAUGGUGAACACCGGCCUUGCAAAGCUUGGCUAUGAGUAUAUCAACAUAGAUGAUUGUUGGGCAGCCCAUGACAGGGACUCCCAGGGUAAUCUAGUACCAAAUCCAUCAACAUUCCCAUCUGGAAUGAAGGCCCUCUCCGACUAUGUGCAUGGAAAAGGGCUCAAGCUCGGAAUCUACAGUGAUGCAGGUCCAGAAACUUGCAGCCAACAGAUGCCAGGUUCACUUGGACACGAAGAGCAAGACGCAAAAACCUUCGCAUCUUGGGGAAUUGACUACUUGAAGUAUGACAACUGCAACGACCAGGGAUUGAGCCCACAACCAAGAUUUAGCAGCAUGAACACAGCGCUUCUGAAUUCUGGGAGGAAUAUUUUCUUCUCCAUUUGUGAAUGGGGUAUAGAUAGACCAGCAACAUGGGCAGGUGUAGGAAACAGUUGGAGAACUGCUGGUGACAUCAAGGACGAAUGGGGAAGCAUGACGAGCAAUGCCGACAGCAAUGACGUGUGGGCACCAUUUGCUGGGCCUGGUGGAUGGAAUGAUCCAGACAUGCUGGAAGUCGGGAAUGGGGGAAUGACAACGGAGGAAUACCGCUCCCAUUUCAGCAUCUGGGCUCUAGCCAAGGCACCUCUCUUGACCGGCUGCGACAUACGCUCGAUGAGCAAGGAAACCAUGGAAAUUCUCAGCAAUCGAAAUGUCAUUGCAGUCAACCAAGACGCGCUUGGGGUGCAAGGGCACAAAGUGCAAAAAGAUGGAGACCAAGAAGUCUGGGCUGGUCCACUAAGUGGAGGAAGAGUUGCAGUUGUUCUAUGGAACAGAGGGCCUGCUGAAGCAUCCAUCACAGCCAGCUGGAGCAGCAUUGGCCUUCGUGCAUCGGCUGUCGUCGAUGCUCAUGAUCUGUGGACAGAUGCAGUUACAUCAUCGGUGCAAGGACAGCUGAAGGCGACAGUAGGCACUCAUGCUUGCAAGAUGUAUGUGUUGACCCCAAAGUAG